ACUUAUUUACUUCGUUCUUCAUUCUCCAAAUUAAAGCAUCUUCUUCUCUUGUGCAUUAUGUCCUCCAAAUCUACUCUUGUAAUCUUCUUCUUAUGCCUCUGCUUGCAUGCAUGUAAUGGACGACGCCAUCUUAGGACCGCUGGCGAAGGUUCUAACACAAUAUCGCAUUUUUCUACCACGGUUUUGGAAAGUAGUCGUCAAUUCCUGAAGAAGGAUUCAUCAGUUCAUCAAGGAGGAAGCAACGAAGAUGACACUGUUAAUGAGCUUGAAGUUGAAGAUCAAUCCAAGUCUUCUGUUAAGGAAUCGAAACUGCACGGUAGAAAAAUGUCAGGUGUUGUUCCUAUCAAGCCUCCUGCUUCAGUUUCCAGGAGUGUACCUGGCAAGAACCACAAUGGACAUCCCGGUUUCUUCUCCGAUUACUCUAGGCCCAAAAGACAUCCUCCUUGUCACAAUUAAAUUAAUCUUGAUUAAUUAUUUUUGUUCUUUUAUCCACAAGUAAUACGAAGUAUAUAUUGAACUUGACUCUUCGGGUCAAGUGACUCUAGCCACGCUUGUAAAGUU